UAUUCUGGGUUUGUACUGCAGAUUAACGGAAAAAGCGCGCGCGGGUAAAAAAUCGAGCGGUUAGCUUUAAAGUUGAUACACGGCUGUGUGUGUGAAAGAGGGAGAGAAUAAGUGUGAGUGAGUGUGUAUGAGAGACACAGAGAGAGGGAGAGAGAGAGAGACUACGGCAGGGCAACACAAACAGCUGCUCGGUUGCUAAACACAACGCUAGCCUGCGUGCUGUCCGCGCCGACACCGCAUGAGCUCCUUCUCCGAUACGAACCGAGCUUGUUUUAACAUCUUAACUGACUAUGAGACGACGUGGAGCCGGAUUUCUCCUCUUGGUUUCUUCUAAGCCCCUGUGACAUCCAUAUCUGCAAUCCGUAAGACGCAGGCUGCUCCUGCAGUGAGUCAGUAUCAUGGAGGCAGGCAGCGGGGCUGCUGCAGUGGUGGGGAGUACAGCACUAGGACUGUUCACAGCUACAGGAAGUCAUGACAUCUCUGACAGGGGACUGAGGCCUGGACGCAACCUGGAAGCCAAUGACAUAGUUCCUGAGCUUGCCAGGAGUAUCCACCCGCGAGAAAGGCCUGACUGGGAGGAGACCAUCGGCGCUAUGGCACGGAGUGCAGAAAUCCCAGAGCUGAGCAGUGAGCCACUGAUCCGCUCCUGCAGCAGCACUGCCAGCAUGAAGGUCAAGAAUGUAAAAAAACUGUCAUUCACCAAGGGCCACUUCCCAAAGUUAGCUGAAUGUGCACAUUUCCACUAUGAAAACGUGGACUUUGGGAGCAUACAGCUGAGCCUUGCUGAAGAGCAGAGCGAAGUAAGUCGGAAUGGCCUGGAGUCGAAAGAGCUGGUGUACCUGGUUCAUAUUUACUGUCAGGGACGAAGCUGGAUGGUGAGGCGCAGCUAUGAAGACUUCCGUGUCCUGGACAAACACCUCCAUCUGUGUAUAUAUGACCGGCGCUUUUCCCAGCUCCCAGAGCUGCCUAGAUACGACAGCUUGAGGGAGAGAGCUGAGGCUGUUUCCCAGAUGCUGAUGGCCUACCUUUCCCGUCUCUCAGCGAUUGCUGAUAACAAGAUAAACUGUGGGCCAGUCCUUACAUGGAUGGAGGUCGACAACAAAGGGAAUCGUCUGCUGGUGCAUGAGGAGUCCUCCAUUAACGUCCCAGCCAUCGCAGCUGCCCACGUCAUUAAGCGCUACAUUGCCCAGGCGGCCGAUGAGCUGUCAUUUGAGGUUGGAGAUAUUGUAUCAGUAAUUGACAUGCCUCCUAAAGAGGAUACCACAUGGUGGAGAGGCAAGCACGGGUUUCAGGUUGGCUUCUUUCCCAGUGAGUGCGUAGAGCUGAUUAACGACAAGGUCCCUCAGUCUGUCACCAAUUCAGUGCCAAAACCAGCGUCCCCCUGCUCUGCUCUGCGGCCGGCCUCCUGGAGUCUCUUCCCACCCUAUUUGGAGAUGGAAAAUGUAAAGCAGGACAGUGCAUUGGCACCCGACCCGUUAAACCCCUACAGGCUGAGCUCAGUAUCCAAGAAGCACGGGAAGCUGAUCACAUUUCUGCGCACCUUCAUGAAGUCCCGGCCCACAAAGCAGAAGCUGAAGCAGCGAGGGAUCCUCAGAGAGAGGGUGUUCGGCUGUGACCUGGGAGAACACCUUCUCAACUCCGGCCAUGAUGUCCCCCAGGUGCUUAAGAGCUGCACAGAGUUCAUUGAGAAGCAUGGAAUUGUGGAUGGAAUGUAUCGACUCUCUGGGAUUGCAUCCAACAUCCAAAAACUGCGCCAUGAAUUUGAUUCAGAGCAGAUCCCAGAUCUGACCAAAGAUGUUUACAUCCAGGAUAUCCACUGUGUGGGCUCACUGUGCAAGCUCUAUUUUCGAGAGCUGCCUAACCCACUGCUCACCUACCAACUUUAUGAGAAAUUCUCGGAGGCAGUUUCAGCAGCUACAGAUGAGGAGAGGCUAAUCAAAAUACAUGAUGUCAUCCAGCAGCUGCCUCCGCCGCAUUACAGGACAUUGGAGUUUCUGAUGAGGCAUUUGUCACGACUGGCAGCAUUUAGCUACGUGACCAACAUGCACAGUAAGAAUCUGGCCAUUGUUUGGGCCCCUAACUUACUGAGGUCCAGGCAAAUUGAGUCUGCAUGCUUUAGUGGAACAGCUGCUUUCAUGGAGGUACGAAUACAGUCAGUUGUGGUUGAGUUCAUCCUGAACCAUGUGGACGUUCUCUUCAGCCCUAAGCUGAGUUCACUGAUCAGAGAAGGAGCUGGUCACAACUCUUUGUCUCGUCCUAAAUCGCUGCUAGUACCUUCACCUUCCACCAAGCUGCUUACGUUAGAGGAAGCUCAGGCACGCACACAAGCACAAAUCAACUCUCCUGUUACUGCAGAUAGCAAGUAUAUUGAAGUGGGUGAAGGACCUGCUGCCUUACAGGGCAAAUUUCACACAGUUAUUGAGUUCCCUACAGAAAGAAAAAGGCAACCUACAAAAUCAAAGAAGUCACCAGUUGGCAGUUGGCGGUCAUUUUUUAACCUUGGAAAGUCUUCCUCUGCGUCUAAGCGCAAACUGCACCGUAACCCAAGUGAACCUAAUGAACUCAAAGCCAUGGCAUUAGGGGGAAGUAGAGGGGAUACUGGCACUCUUCGAUCUGCGAAGAGUGAGGAGUCACUUAGUUCUCUGCACAAUGUUGAAGGAGAGUCUAAAGUGUACCGGCCUCGCAGGCCACGCUCCAGUAGUGACGCCCUCUCCACUUCCUUUAAUGUUGACCUAGUGGAUAGCCGACAGCACUGCAAUUCUUACGAUAAUAUAGACCAUGGAGACAGUGAAGGUGACGAUGGUCCUAUUUGUGUGCCAGCUCUCAUAUCCCCACCACGCUCCACUGAUGAUGUGGAUUUGAGCCCCCCUGAUAUUGGCAUGGCCACCUUGGACUUUGACCCAAUGUCAUUCCAAUGCAGUUUGCCCUUGGCAGAGAGCUCAGCUAUUUCUUCUGACAUUGAAGCUGUAAGUCUUAAGAGAAGUCCUGGCAGUGCCAGUGACUCAGAACCAGUCUCACCUGUCAGACCGAAGAACACUAGCCUUCAGCAUUCUCCUGAUCUCAGUCCGUCCUUUAGAAGUGCUUCUAACUCUUCUGAAAAAAUCAUGUUCCAGUCUUCUGAGAGCUGUGAAAAAUGUGUCCAGUUGCCACCCUUACGUAUAUCUCAAACUAUCGAUACAUCCAUGGUUAGUAGAGGAUCAGAGAGCCCUGAGCACCAGCCGUCUGCAACUUCUCCUCCACCUAUCCAGGAUUCUCCAACCAAGAUUAGCCUUUUAUCUUUUAAAUCGACUGAUUUGCCAUUAAGUGAAGCUAUUCAUCUAGAGCUUCUCUCCAAAUCUGCUUCAUGUGAGAAUGAAGAGACAUUAGGGAUAGAUGCAUUACAACAAAUCAGUGCUCAGGAGCAACCAGAAGAUGUUCUUCUGGACUCACCAAACAGCACUGCUCCAGUGAGCUCUGUCUCUCUACUUCCACCUACUACCCAACCAAAGAACACUGCCCGCAUGCUGGCUUUAGCGUUAGCUGAAUCAGCUCAGCAGGCUACUAUUCUGUCUCAGAGGGAAUCCUCUCAACCUUCCACACCUGUUUCACCUCCCAGGUCACAGGAGUUUCUGGAAACCCUUACCUGGCCACCCCCUCCCACCCUUAAACUGCAAACUCCCCAAGAAGAAACAGCAGAUGCCCCCAAAUUUCCUGUUGCUUCCUCUUCAUCUGCUGCCUGUACCCCAACUGAAACACUAACCCAAUCCACCAGCAUGCAUCUCAUUAUAAAUGGCAGCAACAAGUCCACCAAUAUGUCUGGCAAUAGAGAGGGCACUGUCACUCCGGUGGGUCCCAGCAAAGGUGCUUCUCCAAGCCAACUUAUUCAACUUUCUUCCACACACAACAGUCCAGAGAAGCAGCAGCCUUCUGUUGGCAAGACACCAGCCAACACUGAAAACUGCACCACCAAAGUUACCACAACAGUCACCAACAGCAGAAAGGAAAUUGUGGUCACAUCGCAAACAAAUUCUGAGGUUCAGAGUCCUGAAAGUGUAUUGCCAGUACCAACCACAAAAUCCCCGGAACAGCCAAUAGCGGUUCUUCAGCCUCAGCGUCAGAUACAGGUGCAGUCACAACCUCAACCACAGCUUUAUUCUCAGUGUCAGCAUCAAGUGCAGUCCAAGAAUCAGCCAAAUAUACAAGUUGCACCUACAAUAGCAUCAUCCCCAGAGCAGUCAGGAGAUAGGCCUUGGGAAUCUAUAAAGCCUGUAAAUCCUCAAAUAGAAAGUGUCAGCCAUCAUCAAACUCAUGGGACCACACCACCACCACCACCCCCUGUUCGCUCAAUCGAAAGUAAACUAGCUGCAGCUGCUCUGUGUAAAACUGAAGCUGCUGGUAUAGCCCCGUAUCAUGCUAUGUUGGGAGAGGGAUCCAUGCCCCCAUCAUUGGAUGACACAAUCCCACAGUCUCAUCCAUCACAACGCAAGCCCUCUGUUCAUCUGUCAGCCUAUGUUUACCACUCUAAAGGAGAGACAGCCCUAAUAGAACCAACUGGAGAGGCCUAUUACCAUCAAAGACCUAACCCUGCUGGGCCAUCAUCCACAGGUUGUCAUUACCGGCCUGACAGUGUGCCCCCUCAUCUAUCUUAUGUAUCCAAGUCAGAACCCCAGAUUCCUUACAGACCCCAUGGCGAUGGUCGCUACAACACAAUCGGACCAAGGUCUUACCACCAGUCCAUGAAAUCUCGUGAAGCUCUGAGAGGUGAAUAUAUUUCCCAAGGAUCACUGCACCGUAGCCAUGGUUACAGUUCAGUGGAUGGACAUGCCGCAUAUCCAACAAUCCGCAGAGUGCACUCUCUGCAUGUACCACCCACUGCCAUCCGGUCAGCACCAGUAAUUAGAACGGAGGUUCCUCCAGAUGAUGACCUCUAUUACUUUCAGCGCCCGGUCUACCACUGCAAGUCUUACCAACAGUCCUCACAAGCAGACUACCAUGUCACGCAGCUGCAACCCUACUUUGAGAAUGGAAGAGUCCAGUACCGUUACAGCCCUUACUCCGGCACUCACCCUCUUGAUGUUCCCUACUAUGAUGUGGAUCCUUAUGGUACCAUUCGUCUACGCCAUUUCCACUCGUUCAAUAGUCGCGACGUUGGUCCACAACUUAGCAGGUCAGGGUCUAAAUCAGGUGGCUAUCACUACUUGUCACGACAUGCCAUUCCUGUAAAGGAGCAUACAUAUGUAAAUAGGGACAUGCCCCCCCACCAUGGCCCAAAAGGAGCCGUUUACUAUGCUUGGGAUCCCGAUGAAGCAGAAAGGCUACGGAUGCAUUCUAUUCGCAGGGAAAGUCGGGCUAGACAAAAGGUGAAAGGCCCCAUCAUGUCACAGUAUGACAACGUGGGGCCCUACAUGACAGGGGAUUUUGGGGGAUUGGAAGUGCUACACUUGCGCAGUAAGUCGGAUCCUGGGAAAGCUGUGUUGGUCACUGCUGAAGCAAAAGAUGGGAGAUGCAGUGUAACUCCUGGACCUCAGCAUGUCUCCAGACACCUGAUGUCAGACCCAGACGCUCUCAUGUAUAUGGAAACCGAGAAACACUGCCAGGGAAAUGGAAUGGGAGACAGAGUUGCUGCACCGAAACAAACAAGAAUCUAUCAGUCCACUCAUUCACAUCUGUCACAACCUCCCCCACGGAGCAUGCCACAUCUGUCAGUAGGUAACCAUUCUGAGUCCAAAUGUGAGCCAGGAGACAACCAGAUGAGCAGUAAAUACUGUCAGGAGCAGCCAGACAGCAAAAGCUAUCAAGCUCGGUAUGAUCGCCCAGAACCAGAGCGGCUCAUAGGAAGAGUAAAAACAACCAGCAGCAGUGAAGAUGACCAGAAAACGGCCCCUGUCAAGCCCAUUCCUCCCCCCAAGCCAGAGAGAUCUCAUAGUGUUCGAGAACGGCAUCACUACAACCAACCUAACCCUCAUGCACAGGACUCCCUUCCUCACCAAACACAUGGACAGAGACAAAGUACUGUUACUCCACAAUCCCACUACGAUAAUCUGGAUGAUUACCAUCCAGCACCUCGUUCACACACCCCAUUGCCAAACCGUGGUGGUUCAGGCAUGUACGGCACCCCUGGGUACUCUGCUGCUUCACACACCAAUCGCGCAUACUCCACUGCCUUGGGACAGGGUGCUUUUAUUCGAGCUGAGCUUGCCAUGCAGAGGCCCGAAGCAGAGAUUAAUGCAGAGUAAAAAAAUAUAUAUGUUUAAAACAGACUAACAUGUUGGAAUUUAAAAUGUUGACAACAGUUUCAAAAAGUUCAGCAGCCUCUGCAGGACAGUGGACUGUAAUGACUGGAUCCAUUUAAUCUCCUCACAUUUUUUUAAUGUGUAAAACGUGUAAAGACUUUUUUUUUAAUGAUGGAACUGAAUGUAAAAUGAUUUCUUCAGUAGAGUAAAAAAAAAAGACACAUUGUGACAUUAAGAAACGUGGAGGUCAUACUGUAGAUAUUAUAUGUGAUUGACAAGUGGUACAAUUACCUGAACCAGAAAAGUAAUGUAUAUCUGAAAAAAAAAUACUACUGGUUAUAAGGAGGUUUGUUUUUUUUAUGUUCUGUUUUGUUAUAUUAGAAUCACUUGGGCUUGGGUCUGAUUUUGGGAUAACGGUUUGCAUUUUAGAAAUGCAUGUAAUCUAUCUCUUACAGAACAGUUCUGUGUACCUUGAUAUUCAUUGUGUACUUUAAAUGUUACAGCAAAGGUGGAGGAGAGCGUCUGUGUUAACAUCUUAUCCUCUCACUACUCUGUGUACACGACUCGGCAGUACGUUACCCUGUACUUCUCUGCCUUUGGGUUGGAGACGGAAAAUGUGCAAUUUCAUGAUUUGUUCUCCAACUGUGCCAUAUAAUAUUACUGUAAUACUAUAUAUAUAAAUAUAUAUAUGUAUUUUUGCUAUGAAUUAAAUUCAACAGAUUAGAUUUUAAAUGGUAAGGAUACUGUGUGAAGGACCAAAUAAUGAAUGAGGUUUUGUAGUUCAGGAUGCAUUCCUGCAGCUUGCUUGGUUUAUAGUUUUGUUUUUUUCAAGUCUGUCAAACUCGUUUCAAACUUGAGGUGCGUAUAAGUACAUUAACACGUUUGAGUACAGUGUAAGUAAAGUCAAAUUCCACAACAGCUUGUUCUGCGCAAAAAUGCAUUCCAAAGUUAAGCUGAGACUAGUUAAAUUUGUACUGAUUACACCAUAACUUUGUAACCUGAUUUAGCUCAGUGGCAGAGCAGAAGCUUAAUACCAGUCUCAGCUGAACUUUGGAAUGCAAAUGGUUCUGGAAUUGAACCUCGAUCUCUAGCAUUGUACUCACGUUCCUCUUCGCGGUCGGUAUGCACCGCAGGAAAACUUUCAUCGAACAAGACCUAUGGUCAUGCACUUAUGCGCACCUCAAUUUUGAAUCCAGACAGGCUUGAAAGAACCCGAACUAUCCCUUUAGGAGUCCCAGUGGGUUAACUGGUGAGCCUUGUCUUUCCCCAACUCCAGAAAAAAAAAAGACAAGAGAAAACAUGUUCCUGACUGUAUCUGUGAAGGGUUUCGGUUAUCCAGGUUAUUAAUGAGUGUGUAGUGGUAAGUGCAUGCAAGAGAGUAUGUAGUAUGAUAUUAUAGACAUUACACCACUAAAAGCUUCGUCAGUUCUAUUGAGUAGCUAAAAAUUCCCCAGUUUUAAAACCUCUGAUGAUCACACAACACUGACUAGCUAGAGGUGUAAAUUGUUGUGUGCCAGCAGUUGAUCACAACUCUCAGGUGAGGAGUGCAGAGAUGCCAACAUUUACAGUUUUGCCGUUUUUUUUGUUGUUGUUGACCUCAUGGUACAGCAGCACAGGAGACAUCUAAAAAUUACACAGUCCUGCUUUACUGUUUUAUAAAAAGCAGCAAGUAUUUCACAUGCAAAUAAAAGCCAGGUCAUUAAAGGAGAACGAAUCUGCGAUGUGAAAGAAAGGAGAAGGAGCUGUUUAUUAUUAAGAAAAGGUCACACUGGUCUUUAGCUUUGUUGUUAAACAGUUUCAUUGCUGCACAUGUAUGUGCCUGUUUUGUGAUUGGUGAGAGGACGGUUGACCUAUGGCUAUUUUUUUUUUUUUUAGUAAUGUUGGCACCUUUGUAAAAGCAACGUCUUCAAAUAACUUGGUUGUAGGGAGUAUGGAUACAAGCUGAAAAGGAUGACUGAAAUGUAAGACACAUUUUCAAACCAGCACCUUAAUGAAAUACUUUCUCCAAUCAAUACUUUUCAUCAAGACAUCUUUUAAGGCAAAACGUUUCCAUCGGGCCCCUUUACUGAUGGUCUGUUCAUGUGUUUUACUUGUAUCAGUUGUGCUUUACAUGUAUUUCAGAGCACAUGGUCUGUGUGAGAUAGAAAAGUCUCAUUCCUCAAAGACAAAUAUAAAUCUUUUACAUAUAACGGAAGGGAAAACUGGAGCUGUGUCGGUCACCAGAUGCAUGUUUCUAUUUUGUUUAAAUGUUGUAAAGGUGCAAAUUCAUUUUUGCAUUACGUUGUGUUUUAAUCUGUGAUUCGCAUUAAUGGGAUUAGGACGAACACAACAAGCGACCUGUUCGUUAUUAUAAGUGGUAUUGCCCUGCCGCUUGUAUCACAACUUCGUCAGGUCUUGCCAAUAGUCUUAAGUUUUUGUUUUUUGUUUUCUUUGUUUUUGUUUUCCAUGAUGGGCACUUUUAUGAUUGAAAUAAACCUGCCUUUUUUGUUUGUUUGUUUUUGUUUAGACUGUGAAAAAGAUGAUUGGGUGACUAGAAAAUUGCUAAAUAAAAGCUUAUGUAUAGCA